UUGCUUCUUGAAUCCGAUAAAGCAAAGCACACAGACAGAAAAUCUUUACGCAGUUUCUGAGCUCUGUUUGAAGAAAAAGAAAAUAAAUGGAAUAUACGGAGAUCCAGACCAACGCAGACUCACUUGACAAUUCGGUGAUCUUCCAUGUCAUAAAAGACGUUAUAGGCUUCGUCCUCUUCAUGCACCAGCAGAUCCCUUCCGUUUUGCAGGAUAUUGGCCUCGAAUUCGAUACCCUGAAAGAGGAGUACCAUGAAUUGGGGAUGGCUCUUGCACAAGCUGAAGCAAAUGCAUAUGUUCGAAGAAAACAUAUGGGCAGAAUGAGAGAGGUCAAAGGUGGAAUUAGGAGGUUGGAGAAGUUAAUGAAUUCAGUUAGUGCCCUUGAAAGUGCAUUGCAACUGAUGAUUAGUGAGAUUCCUAGACUUGAGAGUUUCAUUUUGGUUCUAGGAGCUAGUCCAAUACGACCCCAGCAUGUGUAUGAGUUGUGCUUUUCACGAGGAAAAACUGUCCUAAGAGAUGCAAGUGAUUUCACUAAAAGCAGAGCAGCAGAAGGGCUUUCAAGAAAGGCUAUUCGAGCAUUGAUAGCUAAAGGUGCUGGGUCUGAUUCUCACCCAGGUCCUACUAAGCUGUUUCUAUUGGUAAAAGCCCCGUCUUCUUUUAAUCUGCCCCUGCAUUUUCUUCCAAAACGUAACUUCAGAUAUAGCAAAAAGAUAAUGCCUGUCAUACUGCAAGUCAAGUGCAAAAGUCAAAAUCUGGAAAUGGAUGUUCCGGAUUGUGCUUGUCAAUCAAUCAGUUCCGUCAACUCGAGGGAUUCUACUUCAAAUGAGUUUAUGUGGUAUGUGAAGCUUACUGUUCCAAAUGGUAGUAUCUCAGGUGCGCCUACCCUAUAUAUACACUUGCUUGCAACUUUGUUAAGGUAAACACAAAUUAUGCAAAUGUUAUACUAGGUUUUGAUGAUUUAUUGAUCAGAAACAAUACUCUAUGACGGGAAGUAUAAUCAGGGAUUCAUUUAGCAAAAUUUAGCUAUGCGAGAAACCAUAUGAAAAGUCCUAAAAAUAUUUUUAGAAGUUAUUCUAUUUUCUGAAGGUUUAGUUGAAAUAUAAAUGUUGGUGUUACUGGCAGUUGUUAAAUCUCCCUCUACCAUUACGGAAUUCAUUAAUCACAAAGUCUUAAAAGAGGAUGGGAUGGUUUGAAUCAAUUUCUAUUUCCUAGCCUCAUGAAAUUGUGCUACUCCAAAAUUCCUAUCUCAAUAAGCGAUCUAUCUGAAUCUGAGGUUCUCUUCCAGGUUUCAGUGCCGCCAUGUUGUGAAGGGCCUUGCAUUUGCAGCUCCAACAGAAGAAUGAAGAAGUUUUUUCAUAAGUAUAUAGAGCCGCUUUUCUUUCUCGUCUGCACACACUAUACUGCAUUUUUCAUAAAAGACUGCUCGAUUUUUCAAUUAAUUGCUUUCACUACUCUAGAUUCCAGCAUGGUUGCCCAUUAGUAAGUGUUCAGUAGCUCCUUUCAUGCAGCUUUUUAAAUUGCAGUUGAAAUUCUUCAUGGUUUGAUAUAUAUGGGUGCAUAUUACAAAGUGAGGCUCACAUCUUGAACAUGUUAUCAGAUCCUGGAAAGAAUUUGAAUUAACCUCAUAACUCAAAGUGGUAUCUCUACGAGUAUCUUUUGCAGAAGAUAAUAGUAUUAUUAUGUAAUUGAACAUGUGGACCACACGAACAAAUUCAACGAUGAAGAAAUAAUUGUGCUGUCAUUAUUUAAAUUACACUGCACAACUAAUUGGUGUAUAAUAAGCACAACUUGAAAUGAGCUUUUA